GGAAGCUGAAAAAGCAGCAUUCGGGAUAAAGAGAUUCUCGCAGUUUAAUAGCUGCCUCUUAUAUAGAGGGGAAAAAGAAUAGUCUUGCAUCUAAUAGAAGAGAGAGGAGUGGAAUACAACCUUUAAAAUGAGCCUCCAUGAGCAGAUGGAGCAGGUAAACACUGCAGUAUCUCCAGAACCCAGCUGUAUAUCUGUGAAGAGUGAUCAAUCCAUGCAUCUACCUGAAGAAUUUAGAAAUGAAAAAGUUUCCUUAGACCCCAGGAUGACAAGACAGAGUAGAGAAUCCGAACCAAAUAUCCCAAACUUAAGUGAUGGAGCAACCAUGGACACCAGUGGCGUAAGUGAAUGUCUGAUCCAGGUUCAGUCCAGAUGUCGAGUUUGUGAGCAUAUUCUUCAGAGAGUCAAAGACCAACACAAAACCAGCAUGAAGAACAAGUAUGAGAGCUUAUUUGAGGGAAUCAAACUACAAGAGAAUCAAACGCUCCUGAACAGGAUUUACACACAGCUCUACAUCAUAGAGGGAGAGAGUGAAGGGGUGAAUGAAGAACAUGAGGUUUUACACAUGGAGAAAACAGCCAGAACUCAACACUUACAAGACACUCCAAUCUACUGCAAUGACAUCUUUAAACCCUUACCUGAACCAGGAUGUGAGGAGAAGAGAACAGACCAAAUAAAGACUGUUCUUACUAAAGGCAUCGCUGGAAUUGGAAAAACCGUCUCUGUGCAGAAGUUCAUUCUGGACUGGGCCGAGGGAAAAGCCAAUCAGGAUGUAGAUUUCAUGUUUGUGCUUCCAUUUCGAGAGCUGAACUUGAUUAAAGAUGAGCAGUACACUCUUCACAAACUUCUGCUGGACUUUCAUCCUGAACUUCAUGAUCUGGACUCAAAGAUUUAUAAUGAGUGUAAAGUUGUGUUCAUCUUUGAUGGUCUGGAUGAAAGCAGAAUUCCACUGAUGUUUUCAGAUAGUGAGAAAGUUUCUGAUGUGACUGAGACUUCAUCAGUGGGUGUGUUGAUGUCAAACCUCAUCAAAGGAGAUCUGCUUCCCUCCGCUCUCAUCUGGAUCACCUCCAGACCAGCAGCAGCCAAUCAGAUCCCCUCCAAAUACAUCAAACGUGUGACUGAAAUCCAGGGAUUUAAUGACCCUCAGAAGGAGGAAUAUUUCAGGAAGAGAAUCAGUGAUGAGCAUCAAGCCAGCAGAAUCAUCUCACACAUUAGAAGAGCAAGAAGCCUCCACAUCAUGUGCCACAUACCAGUUUUCUGUUGGAUCUCAUCCACUGUGCUUCAAAACAUCCUGAAACCAGAUGACAGUGCAGAAAUCCCUCAAACUCUGACUGAAAUGUACAUCCACUUCCUGCUCAUUCAGAUCAAUAUGAGGAAUCAGAAGUAUGAAGAGAGAGAUCCAGAGAAACUCCUGCAGUCCAACAGAGAAGUGAUUGUGAAACUUGCUGAACUGGCUUUCAAACAGCUGAUGAAGGGCAAUGUCAUGUUCUAUGAGGAGGACCUGAGAGAGAACGGCAUAGAUGUCACUGAUGCCUCAGUGUAUUCUGGGAUCUGCACUGAGAUCUUUAAGGAGGAAUCUGUGAUUCAUCAGAGGAAAGUCUACAGCUUCAUACAUCUCAGCUUUCAGGAGUUUCUGGCAGCUUUUCACUGGUUUCACAGCUAUGCUAGUACUACCUCAGAAGUGCUAAAAGUGUUUGAUUCACUGCAUAAUUUGCAGAAAGGAGUAGUGGAUAAAACCCUUCAGAGUGAAAAUGGACACCUGGACCUUUUCCUGCGAUUCCUGCUGGGCAUCUCACUGGAGUCCAAUCAGAGACUCUUACGGGAUCUACUGACACACACAGAAAACAGCUCAGAGAGCAUCAAGAAAACCUCACAGUACAUUAAAAACACAAUCAAGAAUGAUAAACAUAUCUCUACUGAAAGAUCCAUCAAUCUGUUCCUCUGUCUGCUGGAGAUGAAAGAUCAGACUCUGUACAGAGAGAUUCAUGAGUUUGUGAAAUCAGACAAACACUCAGUGGAGAAACUCACUCCUGCUCAAUGUUCUUCAAUCGCCUACAUGCUUCGGAUGUCAGAGGAGGUGCUGGAUGAGCUGGACCUGAAGAAAUACAACACAUCAGAAGAGGGUAGAAGAAGACUGAUACCAGCUGUGAAUAACUGCAGAAAAGCUCUUCUUGCCGGCUGUAAUCUCACUCGUCAGUGCUGUGAAAUUGUGGCUUCAACUCUACAAACAUCAAAAUCCCUCUUGAGAGAGCUGGACCUGAGUAACAAUGACCUGCAGGAUUCAGGAGUGAAGCUGCUCUCUGAUGCACUGAAGAGUGCAAACUGUAAACUGGGGAUACUUAGACUAUCUGGCUGUAUGGUGACAGAGGUCGGCUGUAAUUAUGUGGCUUCAGCUCUGAGAUCAAACCCUUCACACCUGAGAGAACUGGAUAUGAGCUACAAUCACCCAGGAGAAUCAGGAGUCAAACUGCUAACUGAGAGGCUCAACGACAAAAGCUGCAGUCUGGACAAACUCAAUUUGGACCAUGGAGGGCAUUUUAGGAUCACACCAGGACUGCGAAAAUAUUCCUUUGAUUUCACUCUGGAUCCAAAUACAGCACACACUAGACUCAUUCUGUCAGAGGACAACAAAAAGAUUGAAUAUAUGGAGGAACAGCAGCCGUAUCCUGUUCAUCCAGACAGAUUUGAGCACUAUGAGCAGGUUCUGUCUAAUGAGCGUCAUUCUGGACGCUGUUACUGGGAGGCUGAAUGGAGCGGCUGGAGCUAUAUAGGAAUGACAUAUAAAGGGAUCAGCAGGAAAGGAGAGAAUCGUAGUAAGUUUGGAUACAAUGACGAGUCCUGGAGUAUUUUCUGUAUUCCUGAACGAUACAGUGCCUGGCACAAUAAUAAAAACAAAGACAUACCUGCCCCUUCACCCCAAUCUAACAGAAUCGGAGUGUAUCUGGACUGGUCAGCCGGCACUCUGUCCUUCUACAGCGUCUCUGACACACACACACUCACACACUUACACACAUUCAACACCAUAUUCACUGAACCACUUUAUGCUGGGAUUAGGGUUUAUGACUGUUCAGUGUCGCUGUGUCAGAUUAAAUAACCUCCUGAGAAACAACUGAGACAGAUUAAUCUAAUCUAUAGCUUGACAUCUCUUAUAACUCGGGAGGAUCAUGGAAAAUCUGGAAAUAUUUGGGAAUUUUCCUAGAAAAUUCCUAGAAAAGACAUAAUAAUUUCCCACAUAAGUGUGGGAACCCUGGUAACUUUAUAUACACAUUCAUUCAUACUCAUGCUUAUGGAUGAUCUUGCUGAAUGCUUUAGAUGCACUUCUCUUUAUCUAAUUAUAAUUGAAUAGUAAGAAAGUUAUGCACAUCUGUUUUUCAUUACAAUAAACAAAACAAAAUAACACAUCUUCAAAGGCAUUCUCUGUAUAAAGCUGUGUGAAGCUCAUAGAUCACAUCUUUUCUGUAGUUUUUUUUACUGAAAUGUCUAUGAAAAAUGUUUUAACAAUGUUAUGUUAGUGAAACAAUCCAAAACACUCUACCAAUAAAGCAACACAUGGAAGAGACUGUAAGUCUAGUUCCUCUCACAAAUGAAAGAUGGUGCUUCUGUAAAUAAGGUCCAUAUGCAGUAUGACUCUCA